UUUGCUUCUCUGUCCUGUUCUCAGUCUUGUCGAUCAACUUGUGAAGGAUUUUUAUUUAAUUUUUUGGUCUUUUGGAUAUGAGUGAGCGUGCAUAUCCUGGGUACGGUGGACUGAACUAUUCCUGCUCAGUUUGAUGGAGAAACAGUUCUUGCAUGCUCGCCAUGGCUUAUUACCCUUUCCAAGCUCAACGAGGAGCAGGUGCCUUGCCCUUGCCUGCCUUACUGGCAGCCGCACAGCCUUCCUUCCACCCCGCGCUUUGUGUCCCGGAUGCGGCGUCCCGCUCGGAGGCUGAGCGGCAGCCGGCGGGCUCCGAGGCGGGGCUGCACGCUGCCCUGAGCCGGCAGCACCACCAGGGCACCCCGCUGCGCACCUUCAAGAACCUGCAGCUUGUGGAUGGGCUGAGUGACGACCCGAAAGUUACUCUAGAAUCCAAGGAUUUAUGGAACCAGUUUCACAAAAUGGGAACGGAGAUGGUUAUUACUAAAUCAGGAAGGAGGAUGUUCCCCGCUUUCAAAGUAAAGGUUGAUGGCCUUGACAAAACUUCUAAAUAUAUCCUGCUGAUGGACAUCGUCUCUGUUGAUGACUUCCGUUACAAGUUUCACAACUCCCGCUGGAUAGUAGCUGGAAAAGCAGACCCGGAGAUGCCAAAGCGCAUGUACAUUCAUCCUGACAGUCCAUCCAAGGGAGAGCAAUGGAUGAGCAAGCCUGUUGCAUUCCAUAAACUCAAACUCACCAACAAUAUAUCGGAUAAGCACGGAUUUACAAUUUUGAAUUCAAUGCAUAAAUACCAGCCCAGGUUCCAUAUUGUGAGAGCCAACGACAUCAUGAAACUUCCAUACAGCACCUUCCUGACUUAUGUUUUCCCAGAGACUGAGUUUAUUGCUGUCACUGCUUACCAAAACGAGAAGAUCACGCAGCUAAAAAUUGACAACAACCCUUUUGCCAAAGGAUUCAGGGACACAGGCAAUGGAAGACGAGAAAAAAGGAACAAUCCUCUAAACAUAUCCCCACUACAUGAGAACAAAGCAGACUGUGCUGAUUCGGACGACUCUUGGGACCAGCCCAGUACCAGCGACGCGUUUUAUUCUCCUCAGCAAUCUUGGGCUGUGACAUCCAUGCCAAACUGUCAAGAUGAUAACACAGGAAGCGAUUCAGAUAUCGAUCUGCAAGGUGAGGAUAUCGGUGAAGCCGGUGGCUCUUGGGUCGAAUCCUCGUCUCCGCUGAGUAUGAAGAGUGACGUGAAGGAUCCGCCAACGUCUGCUGAGAAUUUCUUGGCGGAGCUAAAUCCUUCACAAGGCUACAGGAGUAAAAUCAAAGAUGGCCUGAAACAACUGCCUCUUCUGUCAAUGGAAACACAAAGCUCAUCAUCACAGAGUACAGGACAUCUACAGACUGAGGUGCUCUCAAACAGCCAUCUUGGGCCACCUUUCCUGUUUCACCCAGGACAGUUGUCUCUGAAGACAGGGGCUUUUCACCCUUUGGGACAUCUGUUUUCCUCUUUCUCAGGAUUAAACGAGCCAGAACACAGAGGGGUAUCUCAAAGCCUCGCAUCUCCAUCGCCAUUCAUGUUUCACCUAGCUCAGGGAAUUUCACUCCCACCCUUUGGAGGGUUGCUGUCAUACCCAUGGAGCUACAUGGCAUCACCAGCUGCAAUGGCCGCAGCACUCCCGACUGGUUCCACAACCUCAUCGUUUUUAAGAAACCGCUCUUUUCACAACACCCUUCCGUGGUUGCGGUUCAGCCCUUAUCAGAUACCAGCCGCUGCCGGAUUGAGCCAAAAACCCCCUCCAGCGAGUUCUAACUCGACUAAAUCCGAACGGUCCAAACCGUACAGCCGAGAGUCCAGUCCAGUGUCAGACAGUCACAACCAUAACAAGGCUGGAAACCAGCAGACUGCUCCACUUGAUAUCAUAGCUUCCUCCUAGGAACUCCAAAGCAUACACAACGCUGUACUUGAUGAAUUAAUUUCACCACUGCUAUAAACAUUUAUUAAUGUUCAUCCGUAUGUGUUGCAUAUUCCACUGACAACCACAACAUCCCGCAUAUUAUGUCAGAAGGUCAGUUCAACGUAAAAAGCACUGUGCAUAACAAACACUCCAGUCUAUUCAUAAAUACAUUUACUUGUGUUUCAUUUACAUGCCUGCUGCCUUGACUUUAAAGCGUCUGUAGGAUUUUUUUGUCCACACAGAAAAGCAUCCUUGAGGUUAAAGUCAAGGUAUCUGAGGUAAAAGGUUAAUUCAGUCCAUCUUCCUUUUUAAUACUCACAUACUGGUAUGUACAAUAGCAGCCUCCUUCAUCUUUAUUUACUAUUGUAUUGAUCCAUAUAAGUAUUUUUUUCCCUCAAGUCUUAAAACCAUGGGUCGUCUUAUAUUUGGGGGUCCAGAGAUGUAUACAGUAGUACCUCAACUUAAGAGCUUAAUUAGUUUUGUGACAGGGCUCUUAACUCAAAACACUUGUAUCCAAAAUCUACCUAUUCUAUUAAGAUUAAUUUGAAUUAUUUUCCUCGGUGCUCGCCCCUUCCCAAAAAAGCUCAAUUUUAGCAUGUAAAAUGCCUUUUAAAAAGAAAAACAAACUUUUAGAUGAGCAACAUUGUAUAAAACCAUAAAACAUAAUGCACUAAUAACAACUACAGUAAUUGUAUAAAGUAAUGUAAUAAUAAUAUACAGCAUUUACCUUGGAGUGUGGACUUUUACGUUAUUUCCUUCCAGUCAAACACACCAUCAGCAGGUUUCAAUAAUUUAUUGCAUAAAUGUCUGCCGGUCAGAUAUUAUUUAACAUACUUGGCUGGUGUUGGACUCAAUCUGCUUCAGUAUGUCGCAGACUAGCAAUGAUACGCUUAAAUUGUUUCACCAAGUUGGAGAAACGGUGUCUUAUUUAAUUCAGUGAAUAUGAUCCACUUCUCAACUCUGUCCUUCACUCUCACUUUCUUAUUUCCCGUGGUUAGAAAGAAAAACAACUUAUGUCUAUCCUCACAUUUUACAGAUUUGUGACAUUUGCUAUACCAACUCAUAGCAGGGAUGCUAAUAAAAAAAAUGGUUUUAAACUUAAAGCAUAAUAAAUAGCAGAGAGACAGCUCUUAAGUUGAGGUAUCACUGUAUGAACAGUUCUUUAAAAACAAAAUAGAAGUUAUCGAAUAUUCAGGGCAAGUCGGUAUUUGUUUUAAUAUCUGACAAGGAUCAGCAGCCAAUGUUUUUUUUUGUUCUUUUCAGGCUUCAAUUAUUUUAAACCUCACGCCUAAAAUGCUGGAAGUAAAGCAUAGUUCAAACUUCAAUUUGUAUGUCACAGUUUUCAAAUAGUAAUUUCAAGGCUAAAUGGCCUAUCUUAGAUUUCACUUAUCGACUUUGUUCAAACCUCCAGGUAGUUUUUCUUUACUCAAAAACCUGGCUGAGGGUGGAUUUAAUGAUACCUGGAGAAAAGUUCACUUGUUUCUAUUUCUAAUUGAUGUAAUUUCCAUUUGCGACGACUAUUCACAUCAUCUUGUGUGACAGUAAUAUUGCUAUUUAGUCCUGCCAAUUAAAUGUCGAUUUAAUGUGUCAUGCUCACAAGAUGCAGGUUUUCCUAAUAUGUUGUACAAUCAUGUAAAUAUGAUCUGUUCUUUAAUUUCACAUAUUGUUAUGACAAACACUUCAAGCGGCCAUUGCUAAAACUGCCAAAGAAUUGUAAGAACACUCGUACACAUUGUUUUACUGUAGCCAAGCAGCACUGUGCACUCAAAGGCAAAACUCAGGAUACUUUUUGUGAGUUUGUGUGUUUCACUAAUA